AUGUCUGGGCGUGGAAAGAAAGCUGUGCCCAAACCAAAAUCUUCAGUGUCCCGGUCUUCCAGGGCAGGGGUCACUUUCCCAGUGGGCCGCAUCCACAGGCUGCUCAGGAAAGGCCAGUACGCUAAGCGAGUCGGCACUGGCUCAGCAGUUUACCUAUCGGCUGUCCUGGAGUACCUCUGUGCUGAGAUCCUGGAGCUGGCAGGAAACGCUAGCCGUGACAACAAGAAGCACCGCAUUGCUCCUCGGCACAUCUUGUUGGCAGUGAAAAAUGAUGAGGAGCUCAACAAACUGCUGGCAGGGGUCACGAUCUCAGAGGGUGGCGUCAUCCCAAAUAUCCAGGCAAGCCUUCUCCCCAAGAAGACCAAGGCACCCAAAGAUGACAGUUCUGCCAAAGAUGUUGAGUCUCAAGAGUUUUAA